UAGGGCUUCAAAGCCCUGGGAUUCGCGACGGACUGUCGACGCCAUGGUGCUGCGGCGUUGCGACGACCAGUGAUGCGCUUGAGAUUUGUUACCACCAACCAGGGCAAACUGGACUUUUUGCGCAUCGUCUUGGAACCCGCGGCCAGGGGCGUGGUGGACGACAUCGAGAUGUGUCCGUUGGAGCUCACGGAGGUGCAAGCUGACAGCUUCGCGGAGAUUUGUCGUCAGAAGACGAUGGAGGCGUAUCGAAGGCGGUGGCAAGUCCUGGGAAGGCUUGGUGGCAACGUCGUGGUCCAGGAGUCUUGGAGGAUCCGCUUUUUUGAAGGGGAAGAUGCACCAAAUCGCUGUCACUAUAAGGAACAUUUUAACAGUUGGGACUAA